AUGACUUCUGGAAAAGAUACAAUGGGUGAACAACCUAUUUUUACAUGCAAAGCGCAUGUAUUUCACAUAGAUCCAAAAACUAAACGUUCUUGGAUGCCAGCUUCCAGCUCUGCUGUCAGUGUUUCAUUUUUUUAUGACUCUUCAAGAAGUUUAUACAGAAUUAUUAGCGUUGAAGGUCAGAAGGCCGUGAUUAACAGUACUGUUACCCACAAUAUGACUUUUACAAAGACUUCCCAAAAGUUUGGCCAGUGGUCUGAUGUUAGAGCAAAUACAGUUUAUGGUUUAGGAUUUUCUUCAGAAGCAGAACUUCAAAAGUUUAUUGAUAAAUUCAAUGAGGUAAAAGAAGCCACUAGAUCUGCAAUAAGCAAAGUAACUGCCAAUGGAGGAUCUGUUGUUACUCCUGUCACAAGUGCAAAUGCUAGCCCCAUCAGUGCCAGAGCUGCGACUGCUGCAGCUGAUUCAUCUACAGAUAAUCUACUUGAGCCUCCAGGAAAUUCUCUGAUGCCUUCUGCCAACACAAAACCUGAGGAUGAUAUGCCACAUCCUCGCAGCCAUUCCAUUUCCGGCAUGCAAAGCAACGAAAGUCCUAGCCACCAGGUGAAAAUGGAUAAAGGUCCUUACAAUACCAGUCCAAUAGAUAUGCAACUGAAAUAUGAAAAUGACAGGUUGAAGUUAGCUUUAGCACAAAGGACAGUUCAUGGUCGGGCUCCUAUUCGUGAUCAAAGAGGUUUAAAGCAGGGAAGCAAAAACAGAUCAUCAGAUGAAAGAAUUCAAGCAGUUGUUAGUCAAAUUAAUAAAAUACCUAAAUACAUUUCACACCGUCGGGAACAAACGGAGGCGAAAUAUUUACCACCUGGUACCACUUUACAACAAAUGUAUGACAUGUACAAGCAGGCAGAAGCCAAUUUAACUUUCAUUUAA